UCCUGCAAAGAAGGCCUCCCGGUUGGAUGCAGACAUACAGGCUGUGGUCCAGGACCAAGACACAGGCUCGGUGUCUUCACAGGAUGGAGGAUGGAACUCAAGGGGCCCAGGACAUCGGAGGAUGGGGGGCAGAGGGAAGCCAUGCCUUGGUGGCCGUGUCACUAACAACGCGGAUUCCCGGGGUCACCCAGGCGAGGAAGUCGUCCUCAGUGACGCAGAGGGCUGCUCCAGCAGGUGCGGAGCCUGUGGCCAUGCCUCCUCCUGGCCUCACAGAUGCUGGCCUCUGCGCUGGGCCCCAGGGGGCCAGAGGGAAAGAAAGCGAACACAGCACAAGGACCCGGGCAGAAUCCAGAAUUACCAGGCAGAAGGGGAAGACCUAUGGUAAGGACAGGAAGUUCAAGGAAAGGAUCCGAGGCAAAAAGCUGACUGAUGUCACUGAGGAUACAAAUCAUUCUAUCAAAGGAGUGGACAAGAAGCAGAAACCAGGGGCUGUCCGAGAGCACAAGAGGCGGAGACUCUGGUUUCAGAGGGUGACGCCCACAAGUGGGCGUCCACGGGACACUCCUGACCCUCACCGAAGAAGAGGGUGCCUGCCUGCGGGUAUUAGUAUGAACACAGUGACUGUCACCCACGUGGAGAGGCAUUACAGGUUUGACUCAGGGGACAGGAAUGGCCUCACCAUUACUUGGAGACUGAAGAUACUUCCCGGACCCAAGGGGAAGAAUCAGAAGACUGAUCACAGUAACAGCCCCCCAUCAGACCUUCCUCAGACCAUCUCUGAGGGAUACCUGAGGCCAUGCUGGGUCUUGCUUCUUGUGAUUCCCCAUAGAAGGAAGAAAACCAAGAUGCGUGAAUCACACCCAAAUCCAAAUGAAAGAUUUGAGCCAGGAAGGCCUCUUGGUAUCUUCAGUUACUUCUACGGAUGCUGGAAAGUCCUCCAAGGAGGAAGGGGCUUGAAUGCCUUCAGAAAGCUGCAGAGCAUGUACCAUGGGUCACUGCCCUUGGAGGUAAGAAAAGUCAAGUCAUCUUUGGAGAGCAUCUACUCUGAGGUCUGGAGGAAGAAGGUCAAGACCUUGGCUCCCUGUGAGGAGGCGUGUGGAACAAAAGAGAAAAAAAUGGUUCAUUGCUGGAAGGAGGAGAGGCAUGUGCUCACACACAACAUGGUGAGGUUUGGACCCAGGACCCUAGUGGGUGCCAGGAGGGCAAGAGAUGAGUUUCUAGGAACAGCUCACAUCAGGAGGACAGCCAAAAAGAAGAGAGGAAACAAAAUUCCUGUUCUGACCCACAGCUUGGUCAGAUUCUGCUCAAGGACGCUUGUGGGAGCCAAGGGGGCAGCAGAUAUUUCUGACCAGGAUUUUCAGCAUGUCAACUAUAAGGAGAGAAGAAAGUGGACCUUUACAUAUGCACAUAGUGAAGAUGCCCAAGAUAAACCUCUAAGAGAAAAAAACAAGCCGUGGAACAGUAUGGUACAGUAUGACGCUUAAAAAAAAAAAAAAA